AAACUUUUCAAUGACGUUGAUUUGUUUUGCUUUUUAUGGUGUAAGACGUCAGAAAAAUAGUUUGUUUUGAUUGAAAAAAAACGAAGAAUUGGUUCAUAGGGCUGUCUUAAGGCAAUGUAAGUCAGAUUUGGCAUGGUUUGAUAGACAGAUGGCAGACUACCAGACACAGUAUCAACCCCUGGGGUCAGGGGAGGAGGAUACAGACGAGAAUGAUGCCCCUCCUAACGAGGCUGCCAACUUGAUGAUUCAUGUGGUCCCAGAAAGCACUCGAUGGAACCACAUAGAAAAUCUGGAUGAAUUCUUCACUCGUGUUUACCAAUAUCACCAGAGAGGGGGGUUUAUGUGUAUGAUGCUCAGUGAUAUUCUCCAGCUUGUACAAUUCCUCUUUGUGAUAGGAUUUUCUACAUUUCUGUUGGAGUGUGUGAAUUAUGACAUUCUUUUUGCUAAUUCCAAGAAUGACACACACAAAGUCACCAUUCCAGAGGCUGUCACACCAUUUAAUCAGUGUGUAAAACAGUUUGACUUUGGGAUUGUUUUCUGUCUGCUGGUGGCCAUAGCCUUCUGGUUUUUCCGUACACUUAAAGUUCUCUACAACAUCUUUAAGUACUGGGAAAUUCGUUCUUUCUAUCUUACAGCAUUACACAUAUGUACUACUGAUUUGACAAACAUGACUUGGCAUGAAGUCCAAAGACGUUUAUUGGAGGUUCAGAAAGAGCAGCAGAUGUGUAUCCACAAACAGGAGCUCACAGAACUAGAUAUAUAUCACAGGAUUCUUAGGUUUAAGAAUUAUAUGAUCGCCAUGGAAAGAAAAUCUCUGCUUCCACUUAAACAUGACAUACCUUUCAUUGGAGACUGUGCCUUCUAUAGCAUUGGAUUAAAAUACAACCUGGACUUUAUACUCUUCUGGGGACCCUGGUCACCUUUUGAAAAUUAUUGGAAAUUAAAAGAUGAAUACAAAAUUUAUCACAGGAGAAAACAAUUAGCAGAGGACUUGUCAAAAAAGAUCCUUUGGAUUGGAAUCGCUAAUUUUGCUUUGAGUCCCCUGAUUCUCAUGUGGCAGAUACUCUACUCAUUCUUCCGAUAUGCUGAUACUCUUAAAAGAGAACCUUCAAUGUUAGGAUCAAGAAGAUGGUCAAAUUAUGCAAGGUUGUACCUUCGACAUUAUAAUGAAUUGGACCAUGAAUUUGAUGCAAGGUUAAAUAGAAGCUAUCGUUUAGCAAACAAAUAUAUGGAUAUCUUUACUUCACAGCUUAUAGUCAUACUUGCAAAAAAUGUGGCAUUUUUUGCUGGUUCCGUUCUGGCCGUGCUGGUUGUGUUGACGGUGAUUGAUGAGGAUGUUUUGGCUGUGGAGCAUAUCUUAACUACCAUGACAAUAGCGGGAUUGAUUGUGACAGCUUGUAAAGUUUUCAUACCAGAUGAGCAUUUAGUGUACUGCCCAGAAAUCUUAAUGAGAAGCAUCUUAGCACACGUCCAUUACAUGCCACCAGACUGGACUGGAAAUGCUCAUACUUCCAGAGUUCGCAAUGAAUUCUCCAUCUUUUUUCAGUACAAAGUUGUAUAUCUCUUUGAAGAACUUUUAAGUCCACUUUUGACACCCUUUGUGCUUUGUUUUUCCUUGCGUCACAAAUCUAUGGAGAUAGUUGACUUUUUCCGUAACUUCACAGUGGACGUGGUCGGCGUGGGGGAUGUUUGUUCAUUUGCACAGCUUGAUGUUAGAAAGAAGGACAAUAAACCAGAUAAUGGGGAUGAUUCCCCAGAGACCUCCACAAGAGCCAACAUGUUUACACCAGAGCAGUCCCCGUCACAGGAGGGAAAAAUACAGAUGUCUCUCAUGCAUUUCCAUUUAACAAAUCCAGAAUGGAAGCCUCCAAAGGAAUGCAGUCUAUUCAUCAAUGAUAUUAAAGAGCAAGCCCAGAGAAACACCACAAACCAAAGUAUCUUUCAUCCUAUGACCCAAAACAUGGUGAACUCCUCUCAAGGGUCCCUCACAGGGUAUUUGUCUGGAUUACAGCCUAGUGGUACCCUAGGAUUGGGGUAUACAAGCAUGGCAUCCAGUAUUGCCAUACAGAGUGGUGUGUACCCACAAUCCACCCAGGUCUCCAUGGCACCUGGUACAACCGGCAUUCAGCAUAAACUGAGAGGAGCUAUCUCCACUAUAGAAGGACCUCUGGAACAGUCCAUUAAUGGACCACUAGCUAACAUUCAGGGUUCUUCAAGCAUGAUCAACAGUGGUGGUGGAUUUUAUUCUAUUGGCAGUUCAAAACCCAGUGUGGAUGAAGGAUCCUUGGAAUUACUGUCACAUGACAUGAGUGUUAGUGCUUUGUAUCUACAUGACCUUCAGUCUCGCAAACAGCGAGGCCAAGCACAGACUGGGGGGUACGAGAAUUUAGAGGACAUUCGGGCUAGAGCUCUGUGGCAGAGACCAGAGAGUAACCAGGCUGCAGGACACGCCCUGAUGCCGAACAUACAGGAGAGAAUGGAGGAGGAGGAUAAGGAAGGAGAGACAUCACAACCUGUCACUAAAUCUCUAUAGGCUUACUGUUCUGUACUGUCAUAUGCUU